AUGGUCCUUCAACGUCGUGAUCUGGUACGAGCGGGCAUCCUCGGCUUCGUCGCCUGGGGUAUGGUGGUACGCUGGUUGCCGAUCCUUCGAUAUCUCGGAUAUGCCUUGGUCCUGGGGGCCGCGUUGGCUUCGGCUGGUUUCCUCGGCGUGAUUAUUUUGACAACCCGAACUAGGAGCGAUAAAACCAAGAUCUCGAAGAAUGUCUCGGUCGCUUUCAUCACCCCGCUUCACUGGCGGAAAGAAGUGUUGAAUGCUCGCAAAAUCGCUCGCUACCGUCCCAGACCGCUAUACCCGCAAUCCUUCGUCGUGUCUGAGGCAAUCGAUGAACUUUUGUCCCUUGUGAAUCGCCAAUUCGUCACCUCAUGGUACCACAAUAUCACUCCAAAUCCUACAUUCGCCAACGAUAUCGAUCGAGUCACGCGCGUGGCAUUGGACAACCUACGAGAGAGACUGCUGGCAGAAGACUUUAUUUCGCUGAUUGUGUCGCGCAUCUUCCCGAUACUCACAGCCCAUUUACGAGAGUUUGACAUUGCCGAGCGUUCGGUGCGUGGGAAGAACCUCAAUCGAAAUGUGACGGAAUCUGAGGAGCUCGAUCUGGCUAUUGCCAAUAAGUUCCGCGAGGGUCGGCUUCACCCUGCGGUGGGGUUGUCAGCUUCUGACCAGAAGAUCGUCCAGCAGGAGUACCUGCGGAAGAUCGCCGUGGGACUGCUUCCCCAGCUCUUUCCGGAGAGUGUGCUCAAGAGCAGGAUCGUAUCCGUUUUGAUUCGAGAAAUCAUAGCAUGUGCAGUUCUGCUUCCAAUUGUGAACGCACUCUCAGACCCCGAUACAUGGAAUCAGUUGACGGAAGCAUACGGGCGGACGGCUCUGCAGGAUCGGAAAACCGUGCGCAAGCUGCGAGCUGCUCUAGACGAGCACGCUUCCCCGGCACCGAAAUCCAAACGAGUACAAUCGUUCCCCAAAUUAUCGCCCCAAGAUAGUGAGCGUGCUUUUGAGCGCUUCGUCCGAGCAAUCAGACGCUGCAAUAAUCUCUCCGAUGCUCGCCGAUUCCGUGCUCUAGUCACUAGCCAGUUAAAGCGGGAGAGCAUGGUCGAAGGACAGGAUCAGGUCUAUUUGAGGCGGCUGGAAACGGGGAAACGAGUCUUGGACCAAAAGGUUGCCAAGCUUUCCUUACAUGGAGAGGCUGCUCCGUUACCCCCUGCACCAGUGCAACCUCGCCGUGACAGCGUCCCUGCUGCUCAGGAAACAUCGCUCGUGGAAGUCAUGCACAAUGCGUCUGGUCUAUCGUACUUUAUGGAGUUUAUGGACCGUCAAGGUCUUAUGUCUCUCGUGCAGUACUGGAUCGUGGUAGAUGGUUUCCGGAAUCCACUGGAGGAUGAUUUCGGCGAUGAGACGUCGUCCGGUACGGUUACUUGGACCGCUGCAGACAGGAAUGACCUGGCGCUUUUGAGCGAAACCUAUCUUACGAAAGCCGAGUUGAAGGUUUCAGAAGAUUCUCGCCGAUCGGUCAAGAACUUCCUUAGCGCUGGAAAGCGUGCAACUCCCGAGCAAUACCGCAAAGCCCGAACAGUCGUAUUGACCACUCAGUCAGCUGUGCUGGAGGAGCUAGAGAGCACUUAUUAUCCAAAGUUCAAAGAGUCGGAUCUCUACUGGAAGUACCUGGCAUCGGACGAGGCUUCAGGCGCCCAGAUACCGGCUCCUCGGCAGCCAUCACCCACUGUGACCUUUGACACCCCCGAGAGACGACCCCUGCCACCGCUUAUCGUACGAACAACCUCACAGCCCGGUACCAAGCCGCCUAGGGAUCUUCGACGAGCUGCAGUGUCAUCCAGUGAUGUGCGCAGUAUGGGCAAACUAUUUGACGAUGAUGACUCUCCGAGACGAUCCAUUGAUUCUGAACGAUCUGCACCUUUGUUUGACGAUGAUUACGACACUGAUAACCUUGCCAUGUCUACAGCCAGCCUAGGCAAGGACUCACAGAAUGGGGAGAAUGAUGCCACCCAGAGCAGGGUCCUGGAGACCAUGGAGGCAGCUUUGAAUGAUAUUAUUACGAACGAACCGAAGAACGGCAAGGUGGACGAUUUGCGAAAUAGCGACCUGAGAAGUAGCGACGGUGCCUCCUCCUCGUCCUUGUUUGGCCCAGAUGCUUCAUCCGAGGGUCUACGCAUGGACAGCCGUCUUCCAAUGGACAGGACCAAGAAAAGCAUCGCCUCGUUUGGCCUGCUUGACCACGGACCGCGUUUUGGUGUCUUUGAAGAUGACCUCUUUCCGGACCAACAAAAGUUUAUCGAGGACGAAUAUGAGGAACCCGUCGGCGACGAUGAAAAGGACCCCGCAGACGAGGUCCACGAAGCUGCGCCCGGCGACCUCGGCCUGACGGAAGCAAUUGAAGUUCUCACUACCGAUAUCGACAAGCUCACCGCGCAGGACUCGGUGGUCGAAGCGCUUACCCGUAAAGCUGAGUUGACCAACAAUACUGCUGAGCUGCGCAUCUUGCGCAAGUCCAAGGCCAGCAUCCAGCGUGAGAUUCAUCGCAAAGAGAUGCAACGGCAGCAGUACAUUAUCCAAGAAAGUGAUAACAGUCUGUAUGGUCGGUCCACUGUGCGUAUCAAGUCUAUCGUCGUGGGCAAGGAAGAGGAUGACGGGCGCGAAUUUGCAAUGUAUGUCGUUGAAGUUCAACGCAACGCCGGCGAACAAAUGCCCGCCGCUUCCUGGGCAGUUGCCCGUCGAUACAGCGAAUUCCACGAGCUGCACCAAAAGCUACGCAUGAGCUAUCCAUCCGUGCGACACCUGGAAUUCCCACGCCGGCGCAUGGUCAUGAAGCUGCAAAAAGAGUUCCUCCAAAAGCGACGUCUCGCCCUGGAAUCAUACCUGCAGAAACUCCUCCUUCUCCCCGAAGUCUGCCGCAGCCGUGAUCUACGAGCAUUCCUCUCCCAGCGCGCGAUCAUCCCCCGCGAAGAAACCACUGCCCGCGGUACCGAAGUCGAAACCAAAGACCUCGUCACACGCAUCUACAAUUCCGUCGCCGACGGCAUGGACGAUUUCCUCGGCAAUUUCGGCGUUCUCGAUCAACUUUCCACCGCUGGACAAAACCUCAUCUCAGCCGCAACCGCACAAGCAAACACCAGCGCCGCACACGAUCCCGCCCUCGCCACCGAAGACGCAGUCACAACCGCCGAAGCCGAAGCCGAACUCAACGCCUUUGAAGACCGCGAACUAGAACCCUUCAUCAAGCCCAUCUGCGACCUCUUCCUGGAAGCCUUCGAACUCAACCGCGGAAACAACUGGCUCCGCGGCCGCGCCGUCGUCGUCGUCCUCCACCAACUCCUCGGCGGGACGAUUGAGCGUAAAGUCCGCGACAGCGCUCGCUCACUAUUCCAGGACGACUCGCUGCUACGCUAUCUCACACUCGCCCGAGAUAAUCUGUUCCCCGACGGCGUCUUGCGUAAAUUCGAACCCCGAUCCACGCAGGAACGACUAAAGAGUCGUGCCGAAGCGACCGUCGUCCUCGCAACGCUUAUCCCGGAUUUAGCGGGGAAUGUGGUUGGACGGGCGAACGCGCAGGCUGCGGCGAGACGGAUCUUUGCGACACUUAAUAAUCGUCCGUUGAAUACGCAUCUUGCUUUUACGGUGUUGGAUGAGAUUGUGCUUGUUUUGUUUGGGAGUCGGGAGACUGGUCGCUCCCGUUGA